AUGACCAGUCUAAUAAAUAGCCACAUUAACAGGAGGCCAUUACAGAAUGUAGAGGGAAAUAAUAGGUGCCAAAGGCAGGCAAAAAACUAUGGAAACAAAUACUUCAUCCACUGCCUUGAUCUUGAGAAAAUAACCCUCUCUCCAAGAAGAAAACAUGACACAGAAGGUGGAGACAAGUCAAAUGUGAAGUUUUCACAAUUGGUAUGCGGAAGCCGCGCUUCAUGCCCGCGGUCACGGAGGCAGCGGAAAGCCGAGCCAGGCGCCUGCGCGCUGGGGAGAGUAGGGUCAGAGUGCAUUCCGGAACCCGGGGCGCGGCGGACUGCGCAGGCGGCCGGACUCCCCUCAGUUUCCGGUGCGGCGAACACCAAAGUCCGGGAACUUAAGCAUUUUCGGUUUCUAGGGUUGUUACGAAGCUGCAGGAGCGAGAUGGAGGUGGACGCACCGGGUGUUGAUGGUCGAGAUGGUCUCCGGGAGCGGCGAGGCUUGAGCGAGGGAGGGAGGCAGAACCUCGAUGUGAGGCCUCAGUCUGGGGCAAAUGGGCUUCCCAAACACUCCUACUGGUUGGACCUCUGGCUUUUCAUCCUUUUCGAUGUGGUGGUGUUUCUCUUUGUGUAUUUUUUGCCAUGACUUGUUCGCUGAUACCUAAAUUAAGAAGUUGGUUCUUGAGUGAAUUCUGAAAAUGGCUACAAACUUCUUGAAUAAAGAAGACAGGACUCUCAAUAGAAGAAUUUCACAUCUCCAAGGGACCCUUCCUUUCAUUUUACACUUUGUUACUAAUUUGCAGAACUCUAUUAAAUGGGUAGGAUUUCACCCAUUCCUAGCUAAGUUCUUAAAAUUAAACCCUUUGGUUCGUGUUUAAAAACUUUCAAACAUCUGAUGGCUUUACAGGGGCUGAAUAUAAAAGCAUUUGUACUUAAAGGUCUUGUGUAUUCAUUAAGAAAUAUAGUAAUGACUUUUAAUGUUUUAAGAGUUGAUCAGGAUUUACUAUGAUGCAAGUAAUAGGAUGGUUAAUAAGGGAAGGUUUUUAUGAAUUCAAAAGUCAAUUAUUCAAAAGCAGGGAAAGAUUUUGAGAGAGGGAACAAAGUAUUCUUAGAUUGCAUAGAAGCUAAGUUCCAGUUUUAAUUUUUAGGUUUAGUUGGACUCUGUUAUGGAAAGAUAGGUUAUGGGUGGGUGACAGGUUGAUACAGUCUUAGAAAAAGCAGGUAAUAUCAAAGUAUUGGAAAGCUAGCAUGCAUGCCCUCUUACCUGGGUAUCUUCCCCCUUUUUUCCUUUUAAACUCUUGAGCCUCCUAUAGUGAAGGAUUAUGUGUUUCAAACCUAUUUUUUAUUACUGUUUCAUUAAGUAUGCUUGUGCCCAAAACAUUUAUUUGUAUAAUAUCUGUAACUUGCUUAAAUACUUCAGCAAAGUCAGCAUAUUUACUCAUUCAACAAAUAUUUGAACCAGGCAUUAUUUUAGACACAGCAGUGAACAAAACAAAAAGGCAUUCUUGCCUUCAUGGAGCUUACAUUCUUACUGUUAUUUAAAUCUAAAUGUUAUAAAACAAGAAUUUAUAUUCUGGGGUUGAUCAGCUAGUAUUUAAUCAAAAAGGCCACACUCCCAUAGCAGCUACUCUAAGCUGUAGUAGCUAAUAAAAAAUAUUACUGUUGACCGGGCGCAGUGGCUCACGCCUAUAAUCCCAGCACUUUGGGAGGCCAAGGGCAGUGGAUCACUUGAGGUCAAGAGUUGUGAGACCAGCCUGGCCAACCUGGUGAAACCCUGUCUGUAUUAAAAAAUACCAAAAAAUUAGCUGGGCAUGUUGGCAUGCACCUGUAGUCCCAGCUACUCGGGAGGCUGAGGCACGAGAAUUGCUUGAAUCCGGGAAGUGUAGGUUGCAGUGAGCCAAGAUGGGGCCACUGCACUCUAACCUGGGCAACAGAGACCCUGUCUCAAAAAGAAAAUAUUCCUGUUAGCCCUAAAGGCUUUACAUGAGGAAUGGUAGAAGUGGUCUUUUGUUUAAAUUAGGUGCAUUCAUUAUAUCUGAAUUGUCUUAAAUAUUUUGAGGACAUUCCCUCCCCUUUUAAACAGGGCAUAAGAUCUGGUAAACUCUGUAUCUUCCUACCUUUCAAAAUCGUUCUUAGGGUUAGUCAAGUCUGGAAUAUAAUUGCUGACUAUACAGUUAGCAAUUAUGCUUUUAAGGUGUUGUCACAUCAACCUAAAGAGAACCAUCUAUGGAAGGUAUGGUUGAAACAUCUGUAGGAACACAGAACUGGGAUUUCACUGAGUUUACCAAAUCAGCUGUGUGAACUGUUUCUGCAGUGCUUGCUAAUUGUUUCAUCUAAUAAAUGUUUACUUAUA